AUGGCUAUGCCCCGGUCCCUGUUUUCUUCUGCAGUCUUUGCCGUGCUUACAGUCUUGCCCACAUUUGUGUACUCGCUUCUUGAGAUGUUACUGCCUUUUACUCCGGUAGGGGAAAAUGAAUUGCUGAGUGGUAACCACCGAUUCCAGACCAAAGAUGUCGGUCACGUCAAAGAUGUCUCUAGUUCGACUGCGACCGACGUUUCUGCAGAUGGUACCCACACGCGUACUAGCAUACGCCCUAGGAGCAGCAACAGCACGCCGCACAAGCAGUCAAGGGGCUCGAUGGCCGGGAUCAGUGUUGGCUGUACGCUUGGCAUAAUCAUCAUUUUCGCUAGCCUGUUCCUAUACUUCUCGCGUCGAUACAAAAGAAAUCGACGAACAAGGCCAUCAUCUUCCUUGCCUCAGAGGCAGACAGUGGUCGGAAGUCCUAGUCAUGAUACUCCCUUGGCUAAGUUAGCCCAUACUGAUUCACCGAGUCAACAAUCAGGCUCGGAUUCCAAGACCCAAGACCCUGACCCUGUUGUUAUUGUUCACAAGGGCAAGGAAGACGUAUGA